UUGCGAAAAAGCCUCCCAGCUUCUCACCUCACGAGAGGAAAAGGAAACCGGUUUGUCUCGUGAAUUACGUCGCCUUAGGCCGGGAGAUGAGAGGCGGAGAGAAGGAGACAACUUGAGAGAGAGAUUUCUGAGAAAAAGACAGCUAGAGAAAAAUGGACAUCUUAAUUCUUCUCGUAUACCUAGUGGCACUUGUUAUGGCCGCAUUUAUUGCCGUCUGUGUUAUAGUCUAUAUCAACAGUGAAAUGUAUCCAACUAUAAAAGCAUAUGAGAGUGAAAAGCAAUUUGUAGAUUCAGGAACAGGAGAGAAAUUUGAUUUCCCAUCAAUAAAGGAUCAACCAACUAAGUCCUUAUCUGUGGUUGUGCCAGCAUACAAUGAGGAAGCUAGAUUACCAAUUAUGAUGGACGAAUGUCUAGAGUACUUAGAAAAAAGAGCAAAGACUGAUAGCAGCUUUACCUAUGAAGUGAUCAUUGUAGAUGAUGGAAGUAGGGAUAAGACCACACAGGUUGGCUUGGGGUAUGGGAAGAAGUAUGGCACAGACAAAGUAAGGGUUCUGACCUUGGCCAAGAACAGAGGCAAGGGUGGAGCUGUGAGGAUGGGCAUGUUUAGGUCUAGGGGGGAAAUGCUUCUUUUUGCUGAUGCUGAUGGCGCAACCACGUUCUCGGAUUUGGAUAAAGUGGAAGCUAGUCUGAAGAAUAUUUGUGCUGAUGAGAAGACAAUAAGCGAGGCUCUUGCUGUAUCAUGUGGAUCAAGAGCUCAUUUAGAAGAGGAAUCUGUUGCUACAAGAACAUUUUUCAGAACCCUUUUGAUGUAUGGUUUCCACUUUCUGGUGUGGCUGUUUGCAGUGCGUGGAGUUCGAGACACACAGUGCGGCUUUAAACUUUUGACGCGCAGAUCUGCCCGUAUUUUAUUCAACAGUUUACAUGUUGAGAGAUGGGCAUUUGAUGUUGAGAUGCUGUACUUAGCACAAGUUUUAGGGAUUCCCAUAGCAGAAGUUGCAGUAGAAUGGCAGGAAAUUGAAGGGACCAAGAUGACUCCAGUGCUUAGCUGGAUUGAGAUGGGACUAGAUCUGGUCAUCAUUUGGCUCCGUUACACACUAGGAGCUUGGAGAAUAAGGGGAGAUAUGGCCAAGUGCCAUCACAUUUCUAGUUAAGGUGUUUUGUUAGAGAUAAAUAUUGUGUGAGAAAAGCAAAUCAAAAAUCUUUAUUUUUGUAUUUCUUGUUUCUCAGCAUUUAUAUAUUCUUGUUGUAAGUUCCCUCGUCCACUGUAUGCGUUGUAUGAGUGAUUAUUGACAGAUGCUUCAAAAUAUAUGGCUUUAAACAAAGCUAUUACAAUAUGAGGAAUAUGAGUUAAAGGAAAAUAUCUAAUUUAAAGUUUAGGAUUUUGUAUUUAACUAUAAAUAUUUGAUACAAGAUUUAUACACUUUCAUGCAAUAUGUUAUCUGAGAGGCUUUAAAAAUUUGCAACAGAAGAUAUAAAGGGAUUGAUUAAUCCUGAUGUUGAAGCUACAUAGGUGCUGUAGAUUUUGGAUGGGUAUUGCUGUCCAUACAAAUGCAGAUGAGGAUUGCCAUACUAUAUAGAUAAAAUGGAAUGUUAACUUCUAAGGAAAUCGUUCAAUUUGCAUUUUUAGAGGACAGUAUACCUGGAUUUUUUAAAUUAUGAAAAUGAUAACAUACCCAAGGGUGGGAAGGAAUUGAUUGUUUAAGUAUUUGCUUUUGUAUUGUGCAUAUUUAAGCAUUUGAUCCUGCAAUGCGAAUUCUGUCUCUGUACGUUUUACAGGAUCACACUGAUUGUCAUGUUAGAAAAAUAACAAUGCUGCAUCACAUUAGUAAAAUUUUAAGGUAAUUUAGGAGUUUCACAUUUCCACUGCUUACAUGUAUCACAGAGAAAGCACAGUGUUGUAUUUAAGUUAAAGAACAUUUGUCCUGAUUGAAGAUUGCAAUUCAUGAAAUGAAUUAAGUAUAUAUUUUGUAUAUUUGAUUCUUUUGAACUGUAUCAUUUACAGUGUCCUGACAUUCCCUGACAAAUAUAAUUUUCAUAAAGAGUGUA